GUAGUCACUAUGCAAACUCGACAAAUUUUCAUCGCUAAAAUCCAUCGACCGAAAGAGAACCAAAUUUAAUUGUGCGUUGCAAUCAAGGUACUAACUACAAAAUAUGAUGUCAGCUCAAGAAACGGCAGAUAAAUGUAAGAUCAUGUAUGCACUGUGGGUAUAAAAUUUGAAUAUUUUUGGUCUUUCAUAAAUUCAGUCGUCACUCAAAAAUUUAGAAGUUACUCAUGAUGUAAGAUUGCAAUUUUUCAUUUUUUGUAGCAUGAGAUCAGCUUAUCACAUGAUCGGUGAAUAAUUCAUCAUCUGUAAAUAUAGCUAUUAAUUCUGUCCUGAGUUCAUACAAACUCUGUUUUGCCGGAUGUUUCUGGCGAAAAUGUCACCGCUUUUAGCUUGAAUACAUAUAUUCCAGUUAAGAUCAGUUAUAAUUAAUACUUCUCAGCAUAGGCUUAUGCACUGUAUGGUGUAAGCUUUCAAAUUAUUCUUUUGUUGUUGUUACUUGAAAUCAGCUGAUUACACGAUCGGCGAAGAAUACGUAUAACAUCAAUGAUUGUAAAUUUAUUAUUUGAAGGAAAAUUCAAUUUGCAAUUUGAAGAAAAAAGUUCAUGUUUUGAACAUUGUAAAUGUAUCACGAAUAAGACGAGUUUAAAGAUUUACUCUACAGCACGCACCUAUGAACAGUUACUGUCCAGUUUUAUUCAGUUCCUACUUCAAAAUUUAAUUAUGUUCAAAGUCAUGUAAAUUAUAUAUAUGAAAUCAGUUGAUCACAUGAUUGGUCAAAAAUAGAUAAUCAAUAACUGUCAUUUUAUUCUACCAGACUUUUAAUUAAAAAAGGUUUCUUUUGUGUUAAUAUUUGUUUUCUAGUCCAAAAAAAAGGUUGAAAUUUAAUUUGCCAGAAUUCACUAUACACACAUAUGCAAAAUUUAGUUCAGUUAUCCUUAAGACUUUGUUGCAUGGCUUAUCAAUCCUUGUUCAAACAGUUUCAGGCUCAGACUCUUUCUCUCAGGGUCAGCUGACUUAAUCCUGUGAUUUAUCAUUUGCUUGAAUCAUCAGUUUUAAUAUUAUGGUACUGAGUGAAUUGCUUAGAAAGUGCAAAUUUUUCAAUAAUGGAGAAAAAUGUUUCUUAUUUAAUGUUUACACAGUGAACAACAGCCUACCAAUUCAUUUGACAGCUUCAAAUGUACAGCAGAACCCAGAAUUUGUAAAAUUGUUAAUGUCACUGACAAGACAUCUGACAGACAGUGGCAUGUCAGUUGCUGUUCAUAAAGACAUGUUACAGGUUAGAAACGGGCCAGGCACUGCCAGUCUCAAUGCCUUUGUUUUUAGGGCAGUUUCAGCUGUCUCACUUUAUUUGAAAUUAAUGAUGAUGAAUGGUUGCCAAUAUUGAUCUAUCCACAUGUUCAAGCCAAGAAAAUAUUACUCAACUUCACCUUACUGGAAUAAAUAGCAUUUUUUUUUUUUACUUUUACCACUGAAACAAAACCAAAAAUUGAGAUGUAUAAAUUAAACUAGUUCCUUUACAAUAAAGAAAUAAACAUCUAAUGUGCCAAUAAGGAGAAAUAUCACAAGUAACAUUUAUAAUGCACAGUCCUAUUAAGGCUUAGAAUGCUGAGAAAAAAUAAUUUUUCUUUCCUUCAAUGAACAGGCUGAGGAUGCUUUAAGAGAACAAAAAUUGAAGUACCUUCAGAUUUGGACAUUGUACUCAGAGCUAAAGGAUUUUUUGAUUGAAUAUGACAUAAAGAAACAAGAUGUUCAUCCCAGUUCAGCCACAUUACAAGUAAGAGGAUUACUUGAAAAUGAAACCUUGCUAGUUUACAUUGUUUUGUUGCAAAAUCAGGUGGAUGCCAGUGUAUUCUAUAGCUGAUUUCUAGAAAACAUUGGCCAGAGUUUCAUCCUCAUGGGUUUGAGAAGUAGAAAGGUGAUGAUAGAUAGGCACCAGUAAACUGCUAGGGAAAUGUGACAUAAAGCAGGGUACAGUGAUGUAAUCUGUGAUGAAUGUUCAUCCUGCCCAUCAAGAGUACCAGAGAAACUGAGAUAACUUCUGGCAGCUAUACAUGCAACUGAUUAAUUGAAGAUUUUUUUUCUUUUCUGUGAUUGAUAGCUUUAUGAAGCCCUGAAGGUGUCUCUUGCACAGGCAGAGGCACUUGACUACAUAGAUUUCCACCCUGAAGGAGGUGAACAAUCUGCAACAUUGCUUGGACUGAAAGCAGAACAACUACUUGCAGGAGAACAUCAGAGAAAGUCCUUACACCAAGUAAGCUUUAAGUCAUUUGUAUGAUUUUUGUUGUGGACAUUGUGCAUGUUGUGUUAAGUUUCUUUGUUUGAUCAAUUGAAUGAAUAACAUAGUUUUCUUUUUUUGCUCAGUCUUUUCAACAGAGUAUUAUUCCUGAACUUGAGACCAGGUUGAGAAGCAAGUGUGAAACUUUAGCAAGUUUUCACAAACCAACAAAACAAGCUGGUAUGAGUCACUACUUAUUUCUUGUAAAUGGACCAAGUUUGUGUUUAAUGCCAUGUUUUUAUUCAUGCAUUACUUUGGCCAUCUUUCAGAGAAUGAACAGUUGUCUUUUGCUAAAGCUACCCAGUUACCAGCAUUUCUUGAAAAUGAGAAACAGUUGUUGGACCAAGAAAAGAAGCAGUUGCAUCAUAAUCACAUGCUGAGAGACAAACAGUUUACACAAUUAUAUGAGGUUAAGUGUCUUUAUUGGUUAUUGUUCUACUUGAUGUUAACCAUAAGCCUUAGGUUGUUUACGUAUCAUAAAAAAACGUCAUUUAUAUCAGUGCCAAUAUAAUCAUGUUGCAGUCUACUGAGGAAACAUGUUUACUGUAGUUAUAAAGGGUUCCUAAGGUCAGAUUCCUGUGUUGUUAAUGGUGAACUUUCAUUGAUAAUUUUUUUUUACUGUUUUUACAUGGCUUUGAGGAUAAAAAUUGACAUUAGCAUGAAAUGAAAUCCAAAGUUUGGCUCUGAACCUCAGGUUUCACAUAUUGUUGAAAGACUUAGCAGCAAAAACUAAUGAGUGAGGAAGCCUGGGGAUGCCAAUUUGAUUGUAAGCAGCAACUUGCUCUUGCAAAAAUUCAUCACUGUUUUGUCCAGGGUUGCUUCUGGAAAAAGGAAGAGAAACCAUGACAAAAUUGACUCAUGUGCUUCCAGGUCUUAGAAAUGGAUUUAGAUCAAGGGGUGGUGGGUAGGGUCAGUAAAAUUACAAAUCACUUCACCAUUUCUGCCCAGCCAUUUAUGUGGACACUUUGUUUUUUUUUAAUGUUAGGUUUUAAUGCAGUCACUUCAAAUUCUACAAAAACUAAUGGCAGACCAUCAGCUGCAGUCUCAAGCAAAACAUGAUCGGGUGAUGGCAGAGUGGUUGGCUGCAAAGUGUGAUGCUAUGUGUCUGAAAGUCAGGUAUUAUUGACAUGGGUUUCAGUUAUUUAGCACAGUUGCACAUGGUAUCCUGCUAUAAUCCGCCUGCAUGAGGUACAUAUCAAUCUCAUCUCCAGGGUCCCUCUUCUUAAAGGGUGAGAUAAAGAGAAAGAUUGGGAACCAGUUUGAUUGAUUAUGUGAAACUGUACUAUUUGAAGCAAUAUCAAUGAAUUUUCAAUUUAGGCAAUGUGAAGGAAAAAAAAAAAUUAUCAAUUAGAGGAUGUUGUUUGAUGUAAUGCGUAAUUCUCAGAGUGAUAUUUGUAAGGGAUAUAUGGCAGACAGCAUGGAGAAUUGGAAAGAGGAGAAGGUCUAAGAAUGAGUUGGAGUAAUUUCCUCUGAUGACAUCAAUACAUUUUCAAGAUGGGCAAUGUGAAGAAAGAAACAUAACAACCAGAAGAUACUGUUUGAUGUAACACCUAAUUCUCAGAACAGUCCUUAUUGGAGAUGAUGGCACAUAGCGUAGAGAAUUGACAAUUAUAUUCAGGAGAGAAAGAUUUAAUCACAACUGUAUGCUUCUUUCAUAGAGUACUUCAAAAUCAGAUGAUCAGGGACACAUACACUCCUGAAGCAAUUCAAGCUCUUAAAAGAAUCAAGUAUGUGUGCUUAACAGUGCUUAACAGUGCAUUUAUUAACAUCUGUUGAAUCUCUCAGUCUAGAAACAAUUUUCAAUUGAGUGGCCAAAAUAAUCUGGGAUUGCAUUGCUUUUGCUCUUCUUUACGCUGUGAUUGGCCCAGAAAACUCGCGCCACUAUCUCACCUAAUCAGAUUUUGAGAGGCUAAAACCAAUCGCGACUUGGUCACCCGCGUUUUCCCGCGCUCGAGAAAGCGUGCUUGGUUUAAUAAUAAGUACAGGUCUAUUCUAAUUGGCUUUUUGUGAUAUUUGUCUUUGGUUUGAUUGGCUGGUUUGAUUAUUUCAGUUGGUUUUUUAAGACUCUAAGCCGAAAUUCGCACUAUAUCGAACGUUUUAAAGCUUUUGGCUUGGCUGAUCCCAGCAGUAUGUAGACGCCUCUCACAUACAUGUAUGAACUUACUGUAUGCCAACACAGUGGUCGUUGGGCCUGCGCAAGGGGGUUAAUUCUAGCCCGCCGCGCGCCAAUUUUCCCGCGCAAAAUUUUUAAGAAAAACAUGAAAAACAACCGUUGUCACGUCAAACAUGCAAACUAAACUGAAACUUUCUCAGAAAUCUACAAAAAUACUUUCCGAAAACAAAGCUUAUUCCAAAGGCUAACGCUCGAGUCGUCGUUUUAAACUCUUUACGGUGGCCAGUUUUCGUUGUCAACUCAGGUGAUAAUACUAAAUUAAACUGUUAUACUCUCCCACCGACGCUACACCACAGUUUCUUUAGAAACUUACCCCCUUCAUUCGAGUGAUCUGUAGGUCUGCGGUGGAGCAUUGGACCGCGAAUUGCAAGGGUUUGGGACAUGCGUCCGUGAAGGAUGCUCAGACUUUUUUCUUUGUACCACGUUUGCCAAAAUUGCUAAUAUUUUUCUCUCUUCAUAUUCACCUUAGGGCCUCUUUAAAGGACGCCGAAGAAGAGAGCACUGCUGAGUUUCACCGACUUACACAAACACUUCUCGCUUACGAGUCAGUUGGAAUGGGUUUUGAUUCCCUUGUUCAGCAAUACACUACACUCAUGGCGGAGAUUGACAACAAGAAAUGGGCGCUGAGCGAACUGCGACAAAAUCAAGGAAGCGAGUUGGAUGACUUGUGGAAUCAGCAUUAACGUGAAAACAACGGAACGGCGUUCAAUUUGAAAAGAAGGUUUCAGCCAAACUUCGGCUUCUUUGUGAAGCAGUUAGCGCGAUCAUGGAAAUGAAAACAUCUUAAAUUCUCAAAUUGAAGAGAUAUCUUCCCUUUCAUAGAUGAGAUGUCAAAAAUUGAAUUGGACGUGAACCUGUUGGAGAACGAUGUAUGAGAGACUUCUUAUAUUGUCUCCCUGCAGCAAAGAUUAUUCAUUUUUAGAAUACUUCUCUUCACGAGCCGAUGAUAUAGGUCGCGAAGUUUACAUUUUCAACCUGACUCGAGAUACGAAUUAUGCUGCAGCUACUUUAAACACAAGUUUGAAUAUAUACGAUUUCAGUGACCCAGUUACUUGUUCGUGAAUUACAAUCAGUGUUUCGAGAUUCAUCUUUUUAAAAAGUUUUUCCUUUUAAAUCUGCAUGGUAACUUCAGAGCCACCUUAAUUUUUCGAUAAUCUCUUCAAGUUUACAUAAGAUAAAGUGCAGUGGAAUCGCUAUAACAGAGAAUUGCUAUUUGAAAAUAACAUGACCAUUUUGAGCCAC